AUGGCGGGUAACCUGAGCAAUGUUAACCAUCUGACUAAUACGGUCAACGGGUUCACUGUGAUCCAACAGAUGUCAGCAACUCACUUCAAAGUCGCAGUUGCAGAGACAGUCGCAAUUCGACUAGAACAACCCAUCCUUCGUCAUCAGGACAUGUAUGUGAUGGGCUGGUUGCAUAUCCACAUCCCUCCAAUCAACUGGUCAGUGACUCAGAUGCAAGAAUUGGCUGAGCGCGCACGUCAAAUGAACAAG